GUUUGUCCUAAUGACCCCAUUUAAUCCUCAAAACAUUUGCCGUCCCUGGUUAACUUUCUCCGCUUGCUGCCUGCUCAACUAGCCGGAACGCACUUGGCACACUUUCCACCUGUGCCGUCAUAAUUCCAGAUCUCGCGAACAAGCCGCAGUGUGCGAGAGAUCAGGUCCGGGACGUUUGCGUGUCCCGUCGAGCUGAAAUGUCACUCUGCUACGUCUGCUAGCUCUCUUGGGACGCACAGCCAAGACCCAGAAGGAGUCUCCGGGCAGACGCGCCGUGGCCAUGUCGACCCUCCUGCACUGCCUCUCCAGCUCGUCUCUCACUUUGCUCCACCGAGGGGUCCGUCAGAAGAUACCAGCAAGGAGGAAUUUUAGGACUUUCCCUGCGUUAUGGGACCAACAGGCCAACAAAGGUGUUCUCUACAAGGAGCUGGUGGUUGGCGUUCCCAAGGAGACCUUCCAGAACGAGCGGCGUGUGGCGCUGUCUCCUGCUGGGGUGCAGGCGCUGGUCAAGCAAGGCUUCAGUGUAAAGGUGGAGAGUGGAGCUGGUGAGGACUCCAAGUUCUCUGACCAGCAAUACAAAGAUGCUGGCGCCAGCAUCACUGACGUCAAAGGGGCCCUUGGAUCAGACCUGGUCCUCAAGGUUCGAGCACCCAGUCUGAGCGAGGCAGACCUUCUGAAGCCAAUGUCCACCCUGGUGAGCUUCGUCUAUCCGGCUCAGAAUCCGGAGCUGAUGAAGAAGUUGUCAGAGAGGAGGAGCACAGUGUUGGCUAUGGACCAGGUGCCCAGAGUCACCAUUGCGCAAGGCUAUGACGCACUCAGCUCCAUGGCCAACAUUGCCGGGUACAAGGCUGUUGUUCUGGCUGCCAACCAAUUUGGUAGAUUCUUCACUGGCCAGAUCACAGCAGCAGGAAAAGUACCACCUGCUAAGGUCCUGGUGAUUGGAGGAGGAGUAGCCGGUUUGGCAGCCGCAGGGGCAGCCAAAUCCAUGGGAGCCAUUGUCCGAGGAUUUGACACAAGACCAGCAGCUCUGGAACAGUUCAAGUCAUUUGGGGCGGAGCCUUUAGAAGUGGACGUCAAAGAGUCUGGCGACGGGGUCGGCGGUUACGCCAAAGAAAUGUCAAAGGAGUUUAUUGAAGCUGAGAUGGCGCUGUUUGCCAAGCAGUGCAAAGAAGUCGACAUUGUCAUCAGCACCGCUUUAAUUCCAGGAAAGACGGCUCCUAUUCUGAUCAAAAAGGAAUUUGUGGAGUCCAUGAAGGAUGGUUCUGUGGUGGUGGAUCUGGCUGCCGAGGCGGGUGGUAACAUAGAGACCACCAGGCCUGGAGAGCUGCACAUUCACAAGAACGUGACCCACAUUGGCUACACGGACCUGCCCAGCCGCAUGGCCACCCAAGCCAGCACUCUGUACUCCAACAACGUACUGAAGCUUCUGAAGGCCAUCAGCCCCGACAAGGAGUACUUCCACUAUGAACCCAAAGAGGAUUUUGACUAUGGAACAAUGGACCACGUGAUCCGCGGGACCCUUGUAAUGAAGGAUGGACAGAAUAUGUUCCCGGCGCCACUUCCCAAGACCGUCCCACCACCACCGGUGAAACAGAAAUCCGUGGCAGAGUUGGAGGCUGAGAAAGGGGCUGGAGUUUCUCCCUUCAAACGCACAAUGACUAAUGCUGGCAUCUAUACUUCAGGUUUAUCCACCUGUCUGGCUCUGGGCCUCAUCUCGCCCAACGCCGCGUUCACGCAAAUGGUAACGACCUUUGGUCUGGCCGGGAUCGUGGGGUACCACACCGUGUGGGGUGUCACCCCCGCGCUCCACUCGCCUUUAAUGUCCGUGACAAACGCCAUCUCGGGUCUGACAGCGGUUGGCGGUCUGGUUCUGAUGGGCGGGGGUCUCACACCAUCCUCACUGCCUGAGAGUCUCGCCCUAGCAGCUGCCUUUAUUUCCUCCAUCAACAUUGCUGGUGGUUUCCUUAUCACCCAGCGAAUGUUGGACAUGUUCAAGCGCCCCACUGACCCCCCGGAGCACAACUACCUGUACAUGUUACCUGGGGCUGCAUUUGUUGGUGGAUAUGGUGCAUCUUUGGCAGCUGGUUACAGCAUUGAACAGAUGAUGUACUUGGGCUCCGGCUUGUGCUGCGUCGGCGCACUGGCAGGCCUUUCCGCUCAGGGCACCAGUCGGCUUGGAAAUGCGCUGGGCAUGAUGGGAGUUGCAGGGGGCAUCGCCGCCACCCUUGGUGCACUCAAGCCUUCUCCAGAGCUGCUGUCACAGAUGUCAUUGGCCAUGGCCACUGGAGGGACUCUGGGUUUGACCUUAGCCAAGCGGAUCGAAAUCUCCGACUUGCCUCAGUUGGUGGCGGCGUUCCACAGCCUUGUGGGCCUGGCGGCGGUUCUCACCUGCGUGGCGGAGUAUAUGAUCGAAUUCCCCCACCUUGAUGCUCACCCUGCCGCCGGCGUGCUCAAGACGGUGGCCUAUUUGGGCACGUACAUUGGUGGGGUCACCUUCAGUGGAUCACUGGUCGCCUAUGGCAAGCUGCAAGGCAUCCUGAACUCUGCGCCUCUCCUAUUGCCCGGACGUCACAUGUUGAAUGCUGGCCUCAUGGCGGCGUCAAUGGGAGGCAUGGUGCCCUUCAUGCUUAGUUCCAGCUACGGUACUGGAAUGGGCUGUUUACUGGGAGUAUCUGGGCUGUCCACUGUAAUGGGCGUCACCCUGACAGCAGCUAUCGGAGGUGCAGACAUGCCAGUGGUCAUCACCGUAUUGAACAGCUACUCUGGGUGGGCACUCUGCGCUGAAGGCUUCUUACUGGACAACAAUCUUAUGACCAUCGUGGGCGCUUUGAUUGGCUCCUCUGGCGCGAUCCUCUCUUACAUCAUGUGCGUGGCGAUGAACCGCUCCCUGCCUAAUGUGAUCCUGGGUGGCUAUGGCACCACCUCCACGGCAGGUGGCAAACCCAUGGAGAUUGUUGGCACCCACACGGAGGUCAACGUGGACCAGACCAUUGACAUAAUCAAGGAAGCCAACAGCAUUAUCAUCACGCCAGGCUGGGGGUUGUGUGCAGCAAAAGCCCAGUAUCCAAUUGCAGACAUGGUGAAGAUGCUGAAGGAACAAGGCAAGACUGUCAGGUUUGGUAUCCAUCCAGUGGCCGGGCGUAUGCCAGGCCAGCUAAACGUGCUCUUGGCUGAGGCCGGUGUACCAUAUGAUGUUGUAUUGGAGAUGGAUGAGAUCAACGAAGACUUUCCAGAAACGGACCUGACGCUGGUGAUUGGUGCCAACGACACAGUGAAUUCUGCAGCUCAAGAAGAUCCAAACUCUAUAAUUGCCGGCAUGCCUGUUCUAGAGGUGUGGAAGUCCAAACAGGUGAUCGUGAUGAAGCGGACCUUGGGUGUGGGCUACGCUGCGGUGGAUAACCCCAUUUUCUACAAAGCCAACACAUCCAUGUUGCUGGGAGAUGCCAAGAAGACAUGUGAUAGCCUUCAAGCAAAGAUUAGAGAGGUCUUCUACUAG